AUGAGCAACAUACCCCCCGCCGCCGCUGUGCCAGGCCCCUUGUUAUCGCCAUCCUACAAACUGGAACAGGGCAAGUUGGGCUCCGAGAUGCGUAUUGGCAACUGGACGAUCCGGAGUGUCAAGACGGCCAUCCUGAACGGCAAGGAGAUUGACGCAGUGGAGAAGGAACUAUGUCUCCCUCUUCCUGAGAUGACGUUUGGGAACAACGGUCUCGACCUGAUGCACCAAGGUGUGAGGAUCAAGUUUGAUGGCAUUUCGGCACUGCGCCAAGUCGCCGUCGGCGAGGGAUGGGAGGAGAGGGUGGGAGGAGGCGUCCUCGUGUCGAUGGCAGAUAGUUGGAGCCAGCGGUCGGCAUCCUCGGCCCUCUCAGACGUUCCACUCAGCACUAAGCCCGUAAGGCCACACGACUGGACUUUCAGCACAACCUACGCCGGCACCGUCACUGGCUCAACUUUUGAACCGUCGGAAACGGCUCGGAUUCCAAUGCAACUCCUGGCACGGCAGGAUCCGGUGCUUGACCGGAUUUUGUUUUAUGAGGAUGUGGGCUUGUUCCAUGACGAGCUGCACGACCACGGCGAGUCUAUCAUGAAUGUCCGCCUCCGCGUCAUGCCUCAUUCAUUGUUCCUCCUCUCGAGGCUGUUUGUGCGCGUCGAUAAUGUCCUCUUCAGGAUAUUCGAUGUGCGCAUGUACCAUGCCUUUGAGUCGGACGAGGUCGUGCGCGAAUGUACGGGACUAGAGGGCGACUAUGACGAGGUCAAGAAGUACCUUGAGAAACCGAGUGAACUUGCGCCCCUCACGGACCCGAAUUGGGUUUAUGGCGUGUUGCAGAAGAUUGCUGCCAAGCGGGACGACAAUCAAGCGGACCAAGCGGUACAAACACAGCCAGCCACACAGCGCACACAAGCACCGUGGACACAGACCACAGCGGCGCCGCGGGCAAGCAGUGCCGCACCACGCGAGACGUCUGCACCCAUUGCGAGCAGACCCAGCUUAUCCAACUCGCCGAGCAGUAGCAAGAAGCCGUGGCCGGGGCUCGGGCGGCGCGUGCACGUCCUCCGCCUCCCUGGCACCGACACCGGGCUCGCAUCCGCACAGGCCGGUUUGCGCGACCUCAACCUCGAGCCUUGA